AUGCAUGCGUCUCGAGACAUGGGACAGCCUACAGACAACAGCAACUUCGAGAAUGACGAGAAGUCCGAGCUACAGUCCCAGCUGAGGACGGGAAGUGUGACUGUAUUGGACCUCGCAUCUUCAACUCAGGAUGGCGCUUCUAUGCUUCAUUCAUCAGUCUCUGCAUGA